AUGGGUGACGAGGCAAACCCACAGGCCAGGCCACUGAGUGAUCAUUUCACUCCAACUGCAUACCAACCCCAAAUCGGCAUUAGGCUACCUAUAAUUGCGGCUACUCAUUAUGAAAUCAAAUCAAGCAUUAUCCAGAUGCUGCCAUCGUUCUAUGGACAUCAGAAUGAAGAGCCCUAUAAGCACCUGGAUGAGUUUUUGGAAAUUUUCUCUACAGUAAAAAUCCAAAACCUCUCAGAGGACGCCCUAAAAUUGUUGCUAUUUCCAUUUUCCCUCAAGGAUAAAGCCAAGCAUUGGCUGCAUUCCUUGGAUUCUGCACAAGUAACCACAUGGGUAGAAAUGCAACAGCAGUUUCUGAAGAAGUUUUUCCCAAUAGGCCAAACCAAUACUAUUAGAAGCAAGUUAGAGACCCAGAUUGGUCAACUUGCUGAAGCCUUUAAUAAGAGAGAGACUGGCCAACUACCAAGCCAACCUAUUAGGAACCCCAAUAAUGCUCGAAUAGGGAGGGGUAAGGAACAAGUCCAGUCGGUUAGAGUGUUGAGGAAUGGUAAGAGGGUGGAAAUACAUGACACACCCCCUACCUACGAGGACUUCCCCUCUAAUACCCCUCAACAGACCACACCAGCAGAGUCAACCCCAACCCAGGCAGAAGUUGAAUCAGAGGCAUUGAGGCCUCUCAUUGAUGGGAAUAGAACCAUUACACCUUCUUUGGUCCAUUCCCAGAAAAAUACUGAGAAGGAGAAUGAGAAACCAGUUGGGGAGGGACCUCAACCGGAUAAGUAUACACCCCAAGUCCCUUUCCCCGAUGCUCUCAAAACUCCAUACUCUCCCCCAUUUGGGAAGCAAGGAGAGAAGAUGAAGGAGAUGUUGGAAUUGUUUCAACAAGUCCACAUCAACCUUCCAUUAUUGGAUGCAAUCAAGCAGGUAAGUGCCGUUAUCACUGACCUACCCCCCAAGCUGAAGGAUCCUGGUGCACCCCUCAUCUCUUGUGUCAUUGGAGACCUCUCCAUUGACAAAGCAUUGUUGGAUCUGGGGGCUAGUGUGAAUAUCUUACCUAGUUCGCUUUUUGAGAAGUUUGGAUUAGGAGAGUUGAAGUCCACUAAAGUCAUACUUCAGUUAGCUAAUCGUUCUGUGAAAAGACCUCAUGGACUUCUAGAGGAUGUUCUUGUGAAGGUAGAUGAUUACUUCCUAGUGGACUUCCUAGUCCUUGAUAUGGAAUCUACCUCAGCCAAGCCUCCCCCUAUCAUACUAGGGCGUCCAUUCUUGGCGACCGCCAAUGCUUGCAUUAACUGUAGGUCAGGUGCCAUGGACAUAUCAUUUGGGAACAAGAAGCUUCGGCUAAACAUCUUCAAUGCAUCCCUAGGACCCUACAGAGAAGACGAGUGCUUUGCUUUGGAUAUGAUUGAUGAAGUUCUUGUGAUGUCCUAUGGAGCAGAAGGCUUUGAUGAAGAGGCCUAUACUACAGAGGUGAAUGCCAUGUUAGAUCUUAAACCCUUUUCCGGGCAGCCUCCUUGGACCUAUAGAUAUGAGCCUCUGCCACCCUUGGCUACAUCCCCUAAGCCCUCUUCUCUGGAGUCCCCUCCACAAUUGGAACUCAAGCCUCUGCCCCAUACUUUAAAAUAUGCAUUCUUGGCCAAGGAAGAGACUCUGCCGGUUAUCAUAUCCUCUGAUCUUACUGAAAGGCAAGAGUCCCUCCUGUUGGAGGUUUUAUCAGCUCACAAAGCCGCAAUUGGCUGGUCUUUAGCUGAUCUGAAGGGUAUUAACCUUUCUAUUUGUAUGCACCGUAUCUAUUGUGAAGACGGAGCCAAAUCCGUGCGAGAUCCACAGAGGCGCCUUAACCCUAAUAUGAGGGAAGUGGUGAAAAAUGAAGUAGUAAAGUGGUUUGACAUGGGUAUUAUAUACCCUAUUUCGGAUAGUCAGUGGGUCAAUUCAACUCAAGUUAUCCCCAAGAAAUCUGGAAUCACGGUCGUCCUUAACGACCAAGGUGACCUUGUCCCAACUCGUACCACUACAGGUUGGCGUCGAUGUGUGGAGCAUAACCUUGUUCUGAGUUGGGAGAAGAGCCACUUUAUGGUUCUUAAGGGUAAUGUACUUGGUCACGUAGUGUCUUCUCAAGGCAUUAAGGUAGACAAGGCCAAAGUGGAUCUGAUUGCCAAGCUACCCCCUCCCACGACUGUUAAGCAGGUCCGUUCCUUUUUGGGCCAUGCCGGGUUUUACAAGCGUUUCAUCAAGGACUUUAGUCUCAUCUCCAGGCCCUUGUGCAAUCUCCUCGCCAAGGAUGCCCCAUUUAUCUUUGAUGAAAAGUGCCUGACUGCUUUUCACAUCCUUCGGACUGUAUUGUCUGAAGCACCUAUUAUUCGAUCACCAGACUGGUCUCUACCAUUUGAGAUCAUGUGUGACGCCUCUGACUAUGCCAUGGGUGUUGUACUUGGUCAAAGGGUGGAUGGGAAGCCAUCUGUUAUUUACUACGCUAGUAGAUCCUUGUCUGAUGCUCAGUUGAACUACACCAUUACUGAGAAGGAGCUCCUAGGAAUGGUCUUUGCCCUGGAUAAAUUUUGCUCCUAUCUUUUGGGCUCGAAGGUGAUAGUCUUCUCGGAUCAUGCAACCCUUAGGCACCUUCUUUCAAAGCAUGACACCAAGCCAAGGUUGUUCCAUUGGAUUCUUCUCCUUCAGGAGUUUAACUUGGAGAUCUGGGAUAAGAAGGGGUCAGAAAACGUUGUAGCAGACCAUUUAUCCCGGAUUCUUCUGGGUUCCUCUCCCACAUCGGAGUUGGUUCGGGAAACUUUCCCUGAUGAGCAGUUGUUUUCCAUUUUGUCGAAACCGACUCCAUGGUACCCAACUAUAGUGUACUAUCUCACUGUUGGCCAAUUACCUCCUGAUUGGGAUAAAGCAGCUCGAGAUAAGUUUCUCUCUACUGUGCGAUACUACUACUGGGAGGAUCCAGAGCUGUUCCUAUAA